GUGAAGAUUGAGGACAUCGACUUCGAGGCAGUCCAGGAGUGCUCGGACAAGAACUUCCUCAAACGGUAUAUAAAGAUCCUGGAAGAGGAUGGAGGCUAUUUCCAAGAGCUGCUGAAAGCCUGCAAGGACAAGCUGCUGGAGGUGGCCCCCAAG